GCCCAGACAAAUGACGGUCGCAUCGGUCCGGCAAACAAAGCAGAAUACCGCGAUUGUUUCUACGGCCAACGCCACUAGUUACAUAUAACCGUGGAAUGGAUAAUUUCGAAACUUCUACUCUGUAUUUCAAGCAUAAUAAUGGAAAUAAGAUAAUCAAAAUUUGCGCGUACUAUAUGAAGAGCUUCCACAAAAAUGCGUUGGCCGUUAGUACUUCUUAAGUAACGUUGGUGGGGACAUUUAUAAUACCUAUUCCCUUUUCAGGUCGCAAAUUGUGUCAGUUUUAGUCUAAAAUAUUAUAAACUGAGUUGUGCUACCCUUGCUCAAAAUUAUUUCGGUGAAAAAUGUCAAACAAAAGAAAGUGGUUAUCAUUAGAAGCAAAAAUCGCGAUUAUCGAAGAGUCUGAAAAAACCAAAAAGAGUUCCCGGAUACUCGCAAAGCAAUUCAACGUGGGAAGGACGCAGAUCUGUACCAUUUUGAAAGACAAAGAGGCCAUUUAUAAAUCGUGGAAAGAAAACGGCUGCUGUGUUAAGUCGGAAAAAAAAGUGAAAAAAGAAGUUGCUGAUAUUGAUUCGGCGGUGUAUGAGUGGUUCUGUGCUGUUAGUAAUCAAAACAUUCCUGUUACGGGUCCCAUGAUCCAAGCAAAGGCGAUGGAGGUGGCUAAAACUUUGGAGUACAGUAACGAUGAUUUCAAAGCAUCGAACGGUUGGUUGUAUGAAUUUAAACUUCAAAAUAAUAUUCAAAGUUUGAGUAAUCCGAAAACAGAGGGCCUCAACACUAGCAAUGAUGAACAAGAACAAUCAGAUGUUGAACUAAUUUGCGAACCAGAUAAGAAAGAUCACAUACAAGCAUUGUGUCUUUAUACUACAGGAAAUCAUUUUUUAUCUAUGGAAAAACAUAAACCUGUUGCUGAUAAUGAAUCUUAUAUACGCAGCAAAACAUCAAACGAAAAUACAGUUGGUGUAUUGAACGAAGAAAAAAACAACUCAGAAGAAAAUAGAGAAAGCCCAAAAGAUUAUAUAAAGGCAGAAGAAGAAAAUGAUUCCGAAGAAAAUAAAGAACGUCCAAACAAUAAUACAGAGGCAAACAAAAGAAGGUGGUUAUCAUUAGAAGAAAAAAUCGCAGUCAUCGAAGAGUCCGAGAAAACAAAAAAAAGUGCCCGGACACUCUCAAAGCAAUUCAACGUGGGAAAGACGCAGAUCUGUAACAUUUUGAAAGACAAAGACAAAAUUUAUAAAUCGUGGAGGGAAGACGGCCGCAAUGCAAAUUCGAAAAGGAAAGUAAAAAAAGAAGUUGCUGACAUUGAUUCGGGAGUGUAUGAGUGGUUUUGUGCUGUUAGUAAUCAAAACAUUCCUGUGACGGGUCCCAUGAUGCAAGCAAAGGCGAUGGAAGUGGCUAAAACUUUGGAGUGCAGUAAAGAUACCUUCAAAGCGUCGAACGGGUGGUUGUAUAACUUUAAACUUCGGAAUAACAUCCAAAGUUUGGGUAAACCGACAACAGAGGGAGCAUGUUUUCUCAAGGCUAGCUCUACACAUAACAAUGAUGAACAGGAACAACCAGAAGCGAUGAUUUGCGAACCAGAUGAGGAAGGCCACUUACAAGCGUUAGGUCCUGAUAUUACGGGACAACAUCUUUUAUCUACGGAAAGACAUAACGAGGUUGCAGAUGAUGGAUCCAUUAUACGCAGCAAAACAUCAAACGAAGAUACAGUUUGUUCAUCGUAUAAAGGAAAAAACGAUUCAGAAGAAAAUAAAGAACGUCCAAAAGAUAUAAAGACAGAAGAAAAAAACGAUUCAGACGAAAAUAAAGAACGUCCAAACAAUUAUACAGAGGUAAACAAAAGAAAGUGGUUAUCAUUAGAAGAAAAAAUCGCAGUUAUAGAUGAGUUUGAGAAAACAAAAAAAAGUGCCCGGAUACUCGCAAAGCAAUUCAACGUGGGGAAGACGCAGAUCUGUUACAUUUUGAAAGAUAAAGAGGCCAUUUAUAAAUCGUGGAAGGAAUACGGAUGCAAUGCUAAUUCGAAAAAGAAAGUGAAAAAAGAAGUUGCUGACAUUGACUCGGCGGUUUAUGAGUGGUUUUGGACUGUUAGAAAUCAAAAUAUUCCAGUGACGGGUUCUAUGAUGCAAGCAAAGGCAAUGGAAGUCGCUUUGGGGUUAAAUAGAGAUGAUUUCAAAGCUUCGAACGGAUGGUUGUAUAGCUUUAAACAUCGAAAUAACAUCCAAUAUUCGACCAAACCGAGACCAGAGGGAAAAUUGGCUCGAGAAUUCCUCGAGAUUGGCUCUACACAUAACAAUGAUGAACAGGAUCAACCAGAAGAGCCGAUUUGGGAACCAGAUAAGGAAGGCCAUACACAAGCUUUGGGUCCUGAUAUUACAGGACAACAUUUUUUAUCUAUGGAAAGAUAUGAAGACGUUACUGAUAGUGGAUCCAUUCUAUGCAGCAAAACACCCAACGAAGAUACAAUUGGUUCAUCGGACAAAGAAGAAAGACAUGAUUCAGACGAAAAUAAAGAACGUCCAAAAAAUUAUACAGAGGCAAUCAGUUUACUAACGAAGUUGAUUAAUUUUUGCAAAGAAGAAGGUGAAUCGGAUAAUUUACUUCUUUUAAACAACGUCAAAGAAAACUUUGAAAAUUCUUUAAUUUUAAAAAAGGAAAAUUGCGAUACUUAAUUAUAAUGAUAAUAAAUAAAUAUAAAAUAAAAAACUAAAAAAUACAAAAAAAAAUACAAAAAAUAAAAAACAAAAAAAUAUUUUU